AUGAAAAAACGUGUCCUCAAGGUGGAGCGGAAAGGAAGUCAAUGCGACUGUCAAGUGUGUGGAAGGCCAACGAGGGCCUACUUUCACAAAUUAUUCGUUUGCUGCGCUUGCACAAUGUUUUACAGGAGGUAAGGUGAUGACUAGUUUACAAUAGAAGUGUCCUAAUUGAAAUCGUUAAAUUUUCUUUGUAUUUUGCACACGUAAUAGGCAUGGGACAAGCAUAACUUCCCCAAAGUUUUAACUCAUGUUUUGGAAGUAAAGCCGAGAUAUGCAACGGUCUUUGCCGCUGAGAGAGUAGGCGAAAUGUGGAGAGCGGACCGAGAAAAAACCACUUUUUGGGGCCUUCUUGGCCAAUUUCACAUAGGAUAUUUCGAUUCAUUGUGUAAGCUUUACUCUCUCUGGAAAAAAAGGUAUCAAACUUUAAGUCAUUAAUACUUAAACCUCUACACAGCUAACCUGAACGACUCUUUAGGAACUUCCGCGCCUUUCUCCGAUCUCAAUGCCGUACCGGCGACGGGGGCUGCGACCUCUCCAAUGGGCCUCGUCGUUUCUGCCUCUACUGUCGACUGAACGCCUGUCGGAAGCUGGGUCUGCGGAUGCUGGGAAAGAACCUCGUCGUGCAGACCAACGGCCUUCCAGCCGACGACAUUUCCGAGGAGCAGCUGGAGGAAGCGGGGCCAAUCGAGGGCUUCGAAAAUGUGGGCUCCCCAUCCACCAGUUCGGGCUAUGGGAGCAGCUACAGUGGGUCGAGCGGGCUGUCGUUGUACCCGCCGAGUCUAACACAAGAAGUUUACAUCGAGCCGAGCGACGGGAUCCUGGAUUUUUUGGGAAAAAGUGCGAUUGAACUUCCAAAAUUAAGGUGAGAAGUUGCUUAUAAAGGCAGCUAGAACUUUAUGAACACACUUUUACGUUGUGAAAUAGAACAUUGAUUAAUUGACACAGUAAUUCCCAAAUUUCAGGCUAAUAACCAACGCCUUCCGUCAACUGGACGACCAACAAAAGUUCCUGGCCACAAUGCAACGAGGCUCCGAGAUGCUCGACUACGCCUGUCCCGCCGAAGAACUGAUCUACUGCGAUCGCAUACAGUACGAAAAAAUGGAGUCAAAGGUCAUCCGGAUUGCCUGUAUGACACUGAAUCGAUUGAUUGACGCCAUCCAGCCUCAAAUGGACAUUGAGAGGAGAACCGAGAUUAUCCAGAACACCUCCGUUAACAUGUCGCUAAUGCACAAGAUCCUCUGCACGUUCCGGCAAUUCCCAGAGAUGGGACAGUCGCUGUCGUCGCCGUUUACGGGCUAUUAUAGUGAUCUCAACGACUUGGACGCGUAUCUGGCUGAUGUGUGGAACGAGGUACAUAUUUUUGUGUCUUUUAGGAUCUUCCUCGCUUAUAUCCAACAUUUUAUGGCAAAAAAUUACAACAGACUCUAGAGGGGCCAAUAGCAAGGGGCACGUUUGUUUUAGCUAUAACUCGGCAGUCUGUAAAACGCUUAGUGUAAGUCAUAUGUGAGAACGCUCUGUAAGAACCCCUGUUUUUUAUACAUAAAGAUUUUAAAGUCAUCUAUGCCUUAGGGCGUUUUGAAAACCUGAAUUUAAAGAAUAGAGCGGUCAGAGAUCAAAAGGUAGUUUUUUUUCGAAAAUUUGGAAAUUCCUUUAACCCCUUAGGGCCUAAAUUCUCAAAAACGUGUAAGGCUGAAAAUGAGAGCCCCGAUAGUCAUCAUGAAAUUCUAUUUACACUAAAAUGAUCGAUUUUUCUCCUAGUUAGAGCUAAAACAAAGUCUCCACUCUUUGAUGGCUUUCCCUUUAGUCAUCAGCUGUAUAAUUUCUAUUAAUAACUUCCCUUUAGAAAGUAGACAUUGUUAUGCGCCGAUUCCACGCCGACAUCUACACACACUACACUCCCUGCUUGGAGGAGGCGCGUUAUUUGAUGGUCCAUCCAGUGGAAUGCGCAUACCUUGCCGUUCAAGCGACUCUGGAAAAGGCCUCCGACGACGUGGCAUUCCGCAUGUUCUCCGAAGGUCUUGACCACGAAUUUGCGACCUUUCUCCAAAUGAGGGAGCAUUUUGAGAGCGCGGAGAGCAGAAUCCAUCGGCUGAAACAGUUCCAAAACAACUUUCAUGUGAGGAUUACAAUAUUUCGGAAAAUUUCUGGUAUACCAUGGUUCUUACUGAAACUGUUUCAGAAUUUCAUCGCCAAAUACAUUGACUGCCAUGGGAUGAUUGACCUGUUCUUGUCCGAAUCCAAGAACGUCGAGGAACGACGCUCGGUUUGGUUGUCCAAGAAGGACUUGCAACGAUACAUCCAAGCCGCGUCUUCAGUGUAA